GCCCCUCGACGACGACUUCCACUAACCCACCAGCACAACCCCCCACCAACCGUCAAAAUGGCCCGUCGUCCCGCGAGAUGCUACCGCUACUGCAAGAACAAGCCGUACCCUAAGUCGCGCUUCAACCGUGGUGUGCCCGACCCCAAGAUUCGCAUCUUCGAUCUGGGCCGUAAGCGUGCUGGUGUCGACGAGUUCCCCCUCUGCAUCCACCUCGUCUCCAACGAGUAUGAGCAGCUGAGCUCCGAGGCUCUCGAGGCCGCCCGUAUUUGCGCCAACAAGUACAUGGUCAAGACCGGUGGCAAGGAGUCCUUCCACCUCCGCGUCCGCGCCCACCCCUACCACGUCAUCCGUAUCAACAAGAUGUUGUCGUGCGCCGGUGCCGAUAGACUGCAGACCGGUAUGCGUGGUGCCUUCGGCAAGCCCAACGGUACCGUUGCCCGUGUCAACAUUGGCCAGAUCAUCCUGUCCAUCCGCACCAAGGACAACAACCGCGCCACCGCCAUCGAGGCUCUCCGCCGCUCCCAGUACAAGUUCCCCGGUCGCCAAAAGAUCAUCGUUUCCAAGAACUGGGGCUUCACCCCUCUCCGCCGCGACGAGUACGUUGCCAAGCGCCAGGAGGGCCGCGUCAAGGUCGAUGGUGCCUACGUGCAGUUCCUGCGCAACAAGGGUCCCCUCGAGUACAACAUGCGCCGCUUCCCCUCUGCUUUCGAGACCGAGGCUUAGAUGCCUUGGGCGUGAGGGAACCGAAGUGGUGGAAUGUGGUUUACGGGAAAUAAACUCUUCAUGGGCUCUUGGGCGUUUGAUAUCUUGCUUUUCGGCUCCUCUCGGGUUGGGUCUGCUAGUGUAGUAGGACUUGCGUAGAGCGAGCAAAUCUGAGGCAGAGUCUCCCUGACGAACAAAUGUGGUGCAUCUUUAGCGUGUGGGGUUUGUGCGCUUGCGUACUGGCUCUGUUGACCCUACUACGCAACGAAUACCUGCAUGUUUGAUGCUACGAAGUACGACUGAUCCAACAAAGCGUCGCCACAGUAUCUACAUAGUAGCAGAGCGCCGUAGCUUACAAGCCAACAAAACGCAUCCACCGUCAUUUAC